AUGUCGUCAGCUAUUACAAACCACCGUCCAUAUCAUGGAUCGAUUAUGUCACCGUCGUCUCAAGCACCCUCUUAUUCUUCUACUCCAAUGGGUAAUGAAACUAAUACGAAUGUUGGAGCAACUGAAUUCCCGGAAUUUUCUACACAAAUGGCUCUUGGUGUUAUGAGUGGUGUUCACGAAACUAUUCCAAAUGAAGAGGAUUUAACUUGUAAUCAUUCGAGAAGCUCCAAAUGGACCACUGAUCAAAAUUUGGUGCUACUGAGUAGGUGGAUUAAAUAUGAACAAAUAGUAUCGUUGGUAGAAACCAAAAAGGAUAACGUUAAACGCAUGCAACAAAGUGGGUGGUCUAAGGAUGGUGUAUUGGCAAAAGCGCAUGAACUAUAUUCAAAUGCUGGAAAUACUGGUUCUGGAAGUAGUGGAUCUAAGAGAACCCACGAGAGUGAUGUCAGGGAUGCAAACUCUGUAGGAUCUAGUGCUCGUCCAAUAGGGAGUGAUAUUGCUAAGAAAAAAACAAAAAAGAAAGACCUAUCAAGCAGCGACAACUACUUCACCAAACGAUUUGAGGCAACCAAGAAAGAAGAUGGCCGUGGAAAUGGCCGUGGUGGUGGAAGUAGAGAUGGUCGUGGUGGUGGAAGUGGAGAUGGUCGUGGAAUUGGUGGUGGUUACCGUGGAAGAGGAAUAAUUCCGGCUGCAUUUAUGGGCCGUGGCCGUGGAAGUGGUAACCAUGGUCAAAUGUCCAUUGACGCCUUGCUAGCUCAAGAAGCAAGGAAAUUGAUGUCGGCUCUUCAUCCAGACAGACUUGCGUGA